AUGGCCACCGGACUACCAAUGUCGACUCGCUCUCACGCAUCCUCAGCUUCCCCCACAAAGUUGUGCUCCAAGAUAUACAAGAAAGCCUCUCAACUUUACCUCACACGACGCUUACCAGAAGCCUUUGAAAAUCUCCAACCGAUUAUUAUCCCAUCAGCACCAGAGGACCAGCACACAAAUGGAGACAAUUCAACACCGGUGGCGCCGAUCGCCACGGCCGCCGGCACGUGGAGAAUCAAGAUGUGGAACCUCUACAUCACCCUCCUCAGCGCAAUAGUCGAUCUCGGCGCAGAGGAGGGAAAAAGGCAAUUUGGCCAGAAAGAGUGGAAAGCGAUUGCCUCGCAAGUCAGAGAGGGUACAAUUUGGGAGACUGUGGUCGAGGUAGGGUACCAAGGCCAUGAGGGUUCGGUGGAUGCGGAAGUGGUCUACAACCUUGCUACCCUGCUUCUAACUCACUCCUCUUCGCAAUCCCUGAACCAACGGCGCCUUGAGACCUAUCUCUCCUCCUACAGACAACCCAACCUCGACCUCACGGAUCGUCUCGAGGAUGCAUCGGAUGAUUACGAGCAGCGCCCCAUGCGUACGACAAGCGAAGCCGAUACCCCGAAACAUCUAACUGCCAGAGUCAAAAUCGUCGAGCUCUUUACUUUGCACGUCCUCCCCCGCAAUGAUGAGUGGGCAUACGCAACCGAAUUCAUCACCCUGAGCGAAGUCCUCGACGAUGAACGCAAAGAUCUCUUCCUACAGACUCUCGGGGGCAUAAAGGAAGAGAAGGAGCGGGGAGAAACGCGCGCAGACGAAUUGCAGCAAGCCAAAGACGCAGAGCGUGAACGGCAACGAGAUGACGAACGUCGCGAAGCCGAAGAAGCCGCGACAGCCGCUGCGCGACUACAGGCUAAUGAGCAUAAGCGCAAUACCAGCGAAGUCGACUACGGAAUUGAGAAAAACGGCUUUAAUGGCUCUCCUAAAGGCAAAGGAGCCAGGCAAUCGACAGACAAGUUGCCGAAUGGCAAGUCACAAACUUCUCUCUCCUCCGGCUCUAGAAAUGUCAAGAAGCAGGACAAGGUAGAACCCCGGUCAACUCGGGCCGUGGCUACUGGACUGCGCGGUAUCAUCCGUCACAUUAUUCGGACUGUGUCUGGAAAUCCCAUGUCAAUAGUUCGUACCCUGCUCUUCAUGAUCGGCAUUUUGAUGGUCAUCAGCCGGCAGGGUGUGCGGGAUCGCAUCCGACGAGUUACAGGUGGCGCUUGGCAAAAGGUCAAAGCCACCGCUGGAAUGGGUGUCAAAGUGAGCUAUAUUUGA